GCUGGGCUUGGGAAGGGCAGCUGGGGGAGAGUUCGGUGCUCUGCCCGUCCUGGGGGCUCUUCAUCGCCUUCGUUGUGGAUUGAAGAGUUGAGAGCAGCAUGUGUUGCCCGCUGAAACUGCUCCUGAUUCCAGUGUUACUGGAUUAUUCCUUGGGCCUGAAUGACUUCACUGUUUCCUCCCCUGAGCUAAUAGUCCAUGUGGGGGAUUCUGCUCUGAUGGGAUGUGUUUUCCAGAGCGCCCAAGAGAAACGGGUGAUCAAGGUAGACUGGAUGCUCUCCCCAGGAAAUCAUGCCCAGGAUGAAUAUGUUCUGUACUACUACUCCAACCUUACCGUGCCUAUGGGGCGCUUCCAGGGACGUGCGUUGUUGGUGGGGGACAUCUUGCACAAUGAUGGUUCUCUCCUGCUCCAAAAUGUGCAAGAGGCUGACCAGGGCAUCUAUACCUGUGAAAUCCGCCUGGAAAAGGAGAGCCUGGUGUUCAAGAAGACUGUGGUGCUCCAUGUCUUACCAGAGGAGCCCAAAGAGCUCGUGGUCCAUGUGGGUAAUUCAGCAGUGAUGGGAUGUGUUUUCCAGAGCACAGAAGAGAAACACGUGACCAGGGUAGACUGGAUGUUCUCAGCAGGCGAGCAGGCCAAGGAGGAGCUAGUGCUACGCUAUCACUCCAAACUCAAGAUACCUGUGGGGUACCCCCAGAACCGGGGAAAGUUCCAGAACCAAGGCCGCUUCCAGAGCCGUGUAAACCUGGUGGGGGACAUUUCCCACAAUGAUGGUUCCAUCAUGCUUCAAGAAGUGAAGGAGUCUGACAGAGGAUUAUACACCUGCCAUAUCCACCUGGGGAGCCUGGUGUUUAAGAAAACUGUUGUGCUGCAUGUGAUCCAGGAAGAGCCUCAAGUAUUGGUGACCCCAGCAGCCCUUGGACCUGUGAUCCUAGGCGGUUAUGAGCUGGUGAUCAUUGUGGGGAUUGUCUGUGCCACCAUCGUGCUGCUCCCCGUUCUGAUACUGAUCGUGAAGAAGACCUGUGGGAAUAAGAGAUCAGUGGAUCAUACAGCCUUGGUGAAGAGCCUGGAGAACACAAAGAAGGCUGAUCCAGAGAAGCACAUUUAUACCUCAAUAAGUACACAAGAGACGACUGAGGGAGAAGAACCAAGUGGAAAAUCAGAGGCCAUCUACAUGACCAUGAACCCAGUUUGGCCUUCUCCGAACAAGCCACUUGAAAAUCAGUCAGUUGGGGGAAUGCCAAGAACAGAGAAAGCAUUUUGAGAAGAGAGGAGAGCUGCGUUCAUCACAGCAGGAACAGACUCUCUCCUCCCUGUGUCCUGAGCUGCUCUCACAGUUACUUGACUCUCUGCCCUCUCAGCUGUCCUCCUGUCUCCUUGCUUGGUCAAAAGGCUGAAGAUGGAGAGUUUGGAGCCUGGAGGGAAGGCUGGACAGCGCUGGAGGAACAGGCCCUGAUGACGGGAGGGGGAGCACAGAUGGGACACUAGCCCUGGGUAACCCGGCUCAGCUGCCACAGCGGCCUCACGCAAUCCGUCAGAUCCCACCCUUCAGAUCCGACCCUUCCUGGGGCUGGUGUCCUUUGUGGAUGAGUGACUGGGAAGAAUCACAGAGAUAAAAAACAAUCCAAGCAAUUCCUCUGGUAUAUUAUCUCUAA